CUUAGAUUGCAGCAGGACUAAGAGCAGCGGAACUGCUACUUGAGUGGCAGGCUUCGGAUCUAGCCUUGCAAAUGAUUUGUUUUGCAUUCUAGAGAGGGAUCUAAUAUCAGAUAUGAAUAUUCUGCAGGUCAUACAUAAUCAUGCUCACCAGAGACAUCAGAUGUCAGAUUCCCUCCUGAUGGCAGAGAAGGAAUGUAGGGAGGAUGCAGGCUGCCAGAGGCUGCUCUUCCUUUGGGGACCCUUUAUGAUUAUUGUACUCUACUUUUUUGAACCACGUUGUAUAGUUCCUUUGCUCAUCAGGAUUGAGUGGCGGACUUGUCAUUAGAUUUGAUUAUGGGUGCUGGAAACGGAUUCUAGCAGCCCAUAUACAUACAUAUAUAUAUAUAUAUAUAUAUAUAUAUAUAUAUGUAGGAACAACACAAGUAAUAUGAAAAAAAAAAAAAAAAAAUUGAUAGAAUCAACAUAUGAUUCUUUUGUUAGUGUAAGUAGUAGUAGUAGCGCAGCAGUCCCCCAGCAUUUUGGGGGUGUAUAGUCUCUGGUGUAAAAUGGUGUAUUUUGUGGGUCUGUCGUUAAAAUUGUGAUAUGCCUUUUUGUGCAUAUCUUGUGAUUCAAAACUAUGGAACUCCUAUAAUCUAUGGAUGAUUUUGGGAGCCUGGCUUCAAACAAAAGGAGAAGCUUCAGGUAUAUUCUAUGCUAAAAAUAAUGAAAUACUUAUGUUUUUUCAUUUUCCUCCAUUAAAGGUGUGUUUUUAGUAUUCGUACUCGGGCUAUCUAUAUUUCCUAUUUGAAGGGCCGGGUUCAGAGGUCUUUUGAGUAUGAGGUAAAAAAUAUCUUAUUCUUCUAUUCUUACAUUUUAAACCAUAUGGUGUCAGAAAGAAUAGCAAGGUGACCUAGCCUAGAGGGUUUUCUUAGUUAUGCUUAUUUAAAUUAACAAGAAAUCUUUAUUUUAUGCAAUUCUUUUCUUUGAAACUCUUAGGAUUGAAGGAAGCAUCGAUUUUAUACUCAUUAUUUUUUAAAAAGAGAAAAUUUUGGAUAACAGAAUAACUGUAUGGUGAUAUAUGAUGCAAAUAAAUUUGUGAACUAGUAAAAAGCCAAUACAUUUCAAAAACACAAAAAAAAAAAAAAAAAAAAAAAAUCUACUGAGUCGCUAGUUGUUGGUUUUUUUGCAUUAUUAUUAUUUUUUAAUUUCCAUAUUUUUUUAUUUCAGUCUGACGGUGAGUCGAUAUUCGUAUUCUGAUAAAAUAAUUUGGUGCCUGCUCUUGUCUCAAAAAAAGAUAAAAAAAAAGGGGUGCCUGUUCUGUAACAUUCAAAAACCGUGUAUAUUGUUAAUACGGGUGGCUGGGCUGGGCUGGGCUGGGAAAGUAGGACAUUGGACCAACAUAAAAAAAACAAAAAAAAAAAAAAAAAAAGAGGAAAGAAAGAAAAGGAAAAUACAAUGCAAAAAGCUCAGUGUGUAUGAGACGCAAUCGAAAAAUAAAAAUAGGUGGCCGUAAUUUGGGAAUUUACCAGGUCAGAAAAAUAUGGUGAUGGAGGAAGAGAAGAGUCAAAAAUCCAUGUCCCCGGGCAAGCAGAGCCAGCCCGUGAAACCUGAAACAGCGGCCAGCGACUCCCAGGACGCCGUGGCGGCGAAGCCAAGCCCAGCCCUAAACGCCCCCAGUUCCCGUCCUUCCUCCGAUGCCGAUGUAGCCGCCCACCUCCCUAGCUAUUCCAGUUGGUUUUCGUGGGACAAAAUCCACGAAUGCGAAGUGCGGUUGGUGCCGGAGUUCUUCGAAUCGCGGUCUGCAUGGAAAUCGCCAAGAGUUUAUAUGUACUACCGCAACUCCAUAAUCAAGCAGUACAGAGACCAGCCAUCGCGGAAGAUCACGUUCACGGAGGUGCGGAAGAGUCUAGUGGGGGAUGUGGGAUCAAUACGCAGAGUGUUUGAUUUUCUGGAAGCUUGGGGACUCAUCAAUUACUCCCCUUCCGCCCUCCAAAACAAGCUCCUCAAGUGGGAUGACAAGGAUUCCAAACCCUCUUCUUCUGAUCCUCCUGCUCCCCCCCCUCCUCCUCCUCCUACUUCCAAGGACGACGUCUCCAAGAGGAACUGCAACCACUGCAAGUCUCUCUGCAGCAUUGCCUGCUUUGUGUGUGAUAAGUACGACAUGACUCUAUGUGCUAGGUGCUAUGUUCGUGGUAACUAUCAAGUUGGUGUGAGUUCUUCAGAUUUCAGGAGGGUUGAGAUCAAUGAAGAUUCCAAGAGUGAUUGGUUGGAUAAAGAUACUCUGCAUCUUCUAGAAGCCCUUUUGCAUCACGGCGAUGACUGGAGGAAGGUUGCACAGCAUGUUGGUAGAAGUGAGAAGGAUUGUGUCUCUCAUUUCAUUAAGCUUCCUUUCGGCGAAGAAUUUGUUGACCGCGAGUGUUUUCAAAGCAUGGAUCCUAGGCAUGCUGAUUGUGGACCCGACACCCCUGCCACCACCUCAUCCUCCACCAAAAGAAUGCGUCUCACUCCUCUUGCAGAUGCAAGCAACCCAAUUAUGGCUCAGGCUGCCUUUUUGUCGGCUUUGGCAGGUGUGGAGGUUGCAGAAAAUGCUGCCUGUGCAGCUGUCACAAUGCUUUCUCAGGUUGAUUACAGAUCAAGUGGAGGGGCUCGUGGACCUCAAGACACUAAUACAAGAUGGAAUAAAGUGGAUGCUGCAUCCAACGGAAACACGAACCUAAAUACAGCAGCAGAAGGAGCUUGGUUAGAUGCAAAUUCACAACUUGAGAAGGAAGAACUUGAUGUCGAGAGAGCCAUUUCUGGGAUUACUGAAGUGCAGAUGAAAGAGAUUCAAGAUAAAAUUGUUCAUUUUGAGGCGCUAGAUUUGCAGAUGGAGAAAGAGUGGCGACAAUUGGAGCAAAUGAAGAACAUGCUCUUUGUUGAUCAAUUAACUUUUUUGUUUCAUAAAAGUUCAGCGCAAAAAACUGGAUGAGGAUGGAGAGAAUUGUAAAAACGGAUUGGUGUUGCAUAUUUGUAAGAACUCUGGAAUCUAAAUUAGUCUAUUUUGAAAUAGUUGGGUUCCCCUUCUGGUA